UUUCACUAUUCAUUUCGCCGUUAUACCCAUCCUGCUUUCUGUUUCAACCCAGGAGCUCCAAAAGUUUGUUUACUUCAUUUCCCCCCUCUCGAAUACAUCCGCGUCGAGCCAUGGCCAAGCACAACGACCCGGAGAAACCACCAGUCGUGGAGAAUGAACCGGUGAUGGAAGCCCCUCUUACUCAGUUUGAUAAGAGAGCCGAACAAAAAAUUCUGCGAAAACUCGACUUCAGAGUUUUACCCAUUCUUUGGUUGCUUUAUCUUGUUUGCUUCGUCGAUCGCAGCAAUAUUGGAAAUGCAAAGAUUCAGGGCAUGGAUGUUGAGCUCAAGCUUACAGGUCAAAAAUAUAACGUAGCUGUCUUUGUAUUCAACAUCGGUUACUUGCUCGCUGGGAUACCGCUGAGCAUCGUCUAUAAAAAGACUGGUCCAAGAUCUCUCGCUGUCAUGAUGUUCUGCUGGGGAAUUACCGUCAUAGGAUGCGGAGUCACCAGGGGCUACCGAGGACUUGUCGCAUGUCGGUUUUUGGAGGGUGUUGCAGAGUCAGCGUAUGUUCCUGGGGCUGCAUAUCUCAUCGGCUCUUACUACAAGAGAGAUGAGUUCCUGAAGCGUUACGUUGUUUUCUUCAGCGCGGGUAUUUGCGCGGGCGCAUUCAAUGGUUUCCUAUCGUCUCUAAUCGCAAAGAUGGACGGCAUCUCCGGUUACAAAGCCUGGCGAUGGAUUUUUAUCAUCGAAGGCGCAAUAACCAUCGGCAUAAGCAUCUUCUCUUUCUUCUUCAUCGUCCCUUUCCCUGAAGAUUGCACUUUCUUCACGCCCGAUGAGAAGGCCCUGCUCCUGGCUCGAUUGAAAGAUGACGGCGGUGCCGUCGCUCAUGAUGACCUCACUGCGAGGCGCAUUCUCCAAAUUCUCGGAGAUUGGAAAAUAUGGGCUGCAGUGCUCAUUUAUUGUGGUGCGGCAGAGAACGCCAACUCCAUCACUAGUUUCCAACCGACCAUCUUGAAAGGCAUUGGGUAUACAGCAACUGGUGCACAAAUUCGCACAAUUCCAGUCUACAUUGUGGCAGCGAGUUACUCCAUGUCCCUUGGUUAUCUGGCCGAAUACCUUCAAAAGCGCUACCUCUUUUGUAUGAUUGGGUUUGCCACUAUUGCCGCGGGUCUCAUCGUAGAGAUAGUGCAACCUAGAGCGCCUGGAAUUCGCUACAUGGGUCUGUUUUUCAUGACUGCUGGGGCAUAUCUCGUUAUGCCUCUCGCUGUCGUCUGGAUAGCCAUUAACGUCGGAAAGGGAUAUAAGCGCACCGUCGCUCUUGGAGCUAUUGUUUGCUUCGGAAACGCUGGUGCCUUCGUCGGUACGAACGUAUUUCUGAAACGUGAAGAGCCAAAAUUCCAUACUGGGUUCAGCACUGGUCUGGGGCUCUGCUCAAUGGGCGCGUUAGCCGCAACUGUUAUGUUUGUUGGCACUUAUCUCGGUAACAAGCGUCGCGACCACAGGCGCAAAGAGUUGCCAGAUGUUUUAGACGAGGGUAGCGUUGAAGAUCUCGGUGAAAGGCACCCUGACUUCAGAUACAGUUUAUGA